GAGGAGAUGUGGGGAAGCCUCUAAUGUGGAGCAAUUCUGCGGGGGAAGCAGCUGGAGGGGGAUGGACAGAUAUAAGGUUCAAAAGAGCCGCCGGAUUUGUUCAGGUCAGGUGCCGUAAUAGCGCUACGGACACUGCUCUCUACAAACGCGAGAUAUCAGGAGAAAGAUGGACGAUAAGCCGGUGAGUGUCGAGCUCGAAGAGAAGAAGGACGCAGGAGUCCAGGACACACACGAUGCGGCUAGAGCCUUUACAGAGCACUUCGAAGGCCGGGACGAAGCAUGGCGCCGGCAGACAGAAAAGAAGCUCGUCCGAAAAGUCGACAUGCACCUCAUCCCCUUCCUCAUUGUCAUGUACCUCCUCAACUUCCUCGACCGGUCCAACCUCGCCCAGGCCCGCCAGGGAACCCUCGAGGCAGACCUCGGCAUGAGCGGCACUGAUUUCAACCUGGCGACGUCCAUCUUCUUCGUCGGCUACCUGCUCAUGCAGCUGCCGUCCAACAUGCUCAUCACCCGGGUGCGGCCGUCGCUAUACCUCGCCAGCGCCACGGCGCUGUGGGGAGCCGUCUCGACCUGCAACGCCGCCGUGCACAGCUUCCCGGGCCUCGUGGCCGUGCGCUUCUUCCUCGGCUUCGUCGAGGCCCCCUUCUUUCCGGGCGCCAUCUUCCUCAUGAGCUCGUGGUACACGCGCGCCGAGCUGACGCGGCGCGUCGCGUGGUUCUACUCAGGGAACGCGCUGGCGAAUAUGUUUGGCGGCUUGCUUGGGGCGGGUAUUUUGGGAAACCUUAGUGGUGCGCAGGGGCUCGCGGGCUGGAGGUGGUUGUUCAUCAUUGAAGGCACAAUCACCAUAUUCUUUGCCAUCAUCUCGGCAUUUGUGCUGCCGGACUAUCCGCACACGACGCGCUGGUUGAGUGAGGAAGAAAGGGCAUUCGCUGCCUGGCGCUUGAUUGCCGAUAUCAAGGAGGAAGACAUCCGGCACGCAAAAUCCACCUGGGCGGGCAUCAAGCUUGCAGUGAAGGACUAUAGACUGUAUCUGUUCGUCUUGCUGCAACACGUUAGCUUGCUCAGCCAAACGUUCCAGUACUUCUUCCCCAGUAUUGUGGGAACGCUGGGCUAUGGCCCCAUCACCACACUGUGGUUGACAGCACCAGUCUGGUUCGCAACCUUCCUCAUCUCGGUCUGCGUAACCUGGACGUCGGCCAAGACAAAGGACCGCUCCCUCCACAUCAUCGGCCUGAUGCUUGUGGCAGUAAUCGGAAACGCCAUCGCAACAGCGACAACUGCAGUCGGACCUAGAUUCUUCGCCAUGUUUCUAAUGCCGAUGGGGGCAGUUUCGGCUUACCAAAUCAUCGUCUCGUGGGUCGCCAACUCCUUCCCACGCCCACUGGUUAAGCGCUCCGCGUGCAUUGCCAUCGCCAACAUGAUCGGCAACACGGCCAGCAUAUACGGGUCAUACAUGUACCCAUCUUCAGCGGCGCCACAGUACGUUCCGGGUGGGAGUGCCAAUACCGUCAUCUGUUUGCUUGUUGCUUUGUUGGCGCUCUUGUUGCGCUUCGUUCACAUCCGCGAGAACAAGAAUCUCGAGGCUGCGGAGACAGAGCUCGCGCAGGGGACACUCGGAGCUGGUGUAGAUGUUGACGCCGAACAGGCCGGGAGGCGGGAAGUCGGAUUUAGAUACUUGUGUUAA